CCAGUUCAACUCUGGGAGCCGCUAUCGCAGAAAAUGUCCAUGUAGGAUCGAGUUACUCUACGCCCCAUCUUUAAGCCCCAGUCAGUGCGCCGUUAGCCGCAGGACAACACGGAGGAUCGCAGAGGACUGACCGCAGGGAAACUACCGCACACUCAUGUGAGCCGUGAAAAAGGGACGAAAUCACAUUCAUCUGGAAUUUUAAAACAAUGAUAGAAACAAUGGAUACACAGCGUGCCUUGCAGGCGGUGGAGCGUCUCCAGGCCAAACUGAAGGAGCGGGGGGAGGUGCCCACUGAGGAGAAGCUCAGCCUGCUCAAAUCGGUGCUCCAGAGCCCCCUCUUCCACCAGAUCCUGGCCUUGCAGAAGUCUGUUCAGCAUCUCAAAGACCAGGGGACUGUCCCGUCAACACGAGGAAGUGACCUCAGCGAUCACGGCACAGUAGUCAAACCCAAUGGUGGCCAUGUUUCCUACUCAGACAUCCAAGCUGCUACACACAUCAAUGGCAAGACUGAGGAAUUUGAGAAUAUUAUUCGUUCCAUGGCACAGGGCCGCUACGUGACCCAUGUGGAGCUGCAGAAGCCAGUGUCUGGAGGUCUUGGCUUCAGCGUGGUGGGCUUAAAAAGCGAGAACCGCGGAGAGCUCGGCAUCUUCAUCCAGGAAAUUCAGCCAGGAAGUGUUGCCCACUGUGAUGGCAAGCUCAAAGAAGCUGACCAGAUCUUGGCCAUCAAUGGCCAGCCCUUGGAUCAAACAGUGACCCACCAGCAAGCUAUAGGCAUUCUGCAGAGUGCUUCAGAGAAGGUGCAGCUCACAGUGGCAAGAGGGCCAAUACCUCAGCUUGCCAGCCCUGUGGUGUCCCGCACGCCCUCUGCUGCCAGCACACUAUCAGCCAACUCCAGCGCGUGGCAGCAUGUGGAGACUAUUGAGCUGGUCAACGAUGGCACUGGUCUUGGCUUCGGUAUUGUCGGAGGAAAGACCACUGGGGUUAUUGUCAAAACGAUACUUCCUGGAGGCAUAGCUGAUCAGGAUGGCCGACUGCGCAGCGGGGACCACAUCCUAAGAAUUGGAGACACUGACCUGUAUGGGAUGGGCAGUGAACAGGUGGCUCAGGUCCUCAGACAGUGCGGCAACAGGGUGAAGCUGGUUGUCACCAGGGGUCCUGUGGAAGAAACGCCAUCUGCUGUCAUGCCUGUGGUGCUUCCUACUGUCAAUGAACAGCAGGGCUAUGAAGAAGAAGAAGAUGCUGAGGCAUUUGAUGUGAGCCUUACCAAGAACACGCAGGGGCUGGGGAUCACUAUUGCUGGCUAUGUUGGAGAUAAAAAUUCAGAGCCCUCCGGUAUUUUCGUCAAGAGCAUAACAAAAGACAGCGCUGUGGAUCAAGAUGGCCGUAUUCAUGUUGGAGACCAGAUAAUAGCUGUCGAUGGCGUAAACAUCCAGGGAUACACCAAUCAGCAAGCCGUGGAGGUGCUCAGACACACCGGCCAGACAGUCCAUCUUAAGCUGAUCCGGCGGGGCUUCAGGCCCGAAGAAAUCCCCCCCGCUGUGGCCCCCAGUGUCGCCAUCCUGCCCUCGUCCACCACCAUCCCCACCACCACCACCGUCAUGAGGGAGCUGGAGCUGGAGAGGAAGGAAGCCGAGGAGGCAGCACAAGUCGCCGCAGAUGAAAAGCCACCCCAGACAAAGAGUGAAGGAUCUGAUGUCAGCCCAGCCACGGAUCAGCUAACAAAAGACAAACAUGAGCUGAGGUUGUCACCUUUUGAGGAGGAGGAACUGAUGAAGAAAUGGCAGGAGAUUCUGGGUCCAAGUAAUGAAGUUGUAGUGGCUCAAGUGGAGAAGUUUACUGAGAACAGCGGCCUCGGCAUCAGUUUAGAAGCCAACAGUGGGCAUCAUUACAUCCGCUCUGUGCUUCCUGAGGGACCUGUGGGCCGCUGUGGCAAACUGUUCAGUGGAGAUGAACUGCUUGAGGUGAAUGGCAUUUCCCUGAUUGGUGAAACCCAUAAAGAAGUAGUGAGAAUCUUGAAGGAGCUUCCACUCUGUGUACACAUGACAUGCUGCCGGCCUGCUCCUGAUCUUCCACCUGACAUGGAAGCUGUCCAAUCUGAAUCAGAGGCUUUAUGCACAGCAUCUAAAUUAAAGAAUCAAAUAGACCUCUGCAGUGUGCUGGUUGCCGAAGACUCAGAGGUGAACGCAGUGGCAGUGACACAGGAUACCGUGACUGAGGAGGCGAUAGGAUCUCCUUUGGCUAUGUGGGAGUUGGAGAUCCAGAAUAUCGAGCUUGAAAAGGCAGAAGGGGGAUUGGGAUUCAGCAUUUUGGAUUACCAGGACCCAUUGGACCCCACCAAGACAGUGAUAGUGAUUCGCUCUCUGGUCCCCAAUGGCGUAGCAGAGAACGAUGGCAGAUUGCUGCCAGGAGACCGACUCAUGUAUGUUAAUGCCACCAACCUGGAGAACGCGAGCCUGGAGGAUGCUGUCCAGGCCCUGAAGGGUGCCAAGCUUGGCAUAGUUCAGAUUGGAGUUGCCAAACCGUUGCCUAUUGACACCAGCGAAGCAGACCUAUCUGAUGACAAGGUGUUAGAUCAUACUUACUCUGGGAUAGAGGAUGACACUUUCCAGGCAUCCAUGAUCGCUCUUCAUGGCAGCAACUGCAGUGCCGACCUGGAUUACCUGCACUCAUCCACACCUAAGCUGACAGCUCGCCUCAACUUACUGGAUGAGCAUCCCUGCUUUGCGGACAACACUCAAGCGUUCUCUCCAGAGAAGUCAGCCUCUUACUCUCCUCCGGGCCUGAUGGGUCACAACCCAGCUUUUAAUGCCAUCGUGAGCAGUUCUGAGCAGUACCUGGCACAGCAACCGAGCAAAGAAGAUCCGGCGGAGGGCUCGAACUCGUACAGCCCGUUCGCCGAACUAUCAAGCAGAUCUAAAGUCCAGGAGGAACCUACGGAGUCACUUCACUACCAGAAGGAGCCUGUUAUCUCUUUUGGAGAUAUUGCAGAUAUAUCUAUUUUGAUGAAGGACGAGGAGGCUGGUGCGAAGGAGUCGGCAGAAGACGACGACAAAGGAGCUCUGACCUCCGGGAGCAGUUUUGAAAGGACUAUCACGGUCGUCAAGGGCAACUCCAGCCUCGGGAUGACGGUGAGCGCCAUGAAAGGUGGUUUGGGGAUGCUGAUCAGGAGUAUAAUCCACGGAGGGUCCAUUAGCCGUGACGGACGUCUGGGGGUCGGGGAUCUCAUCCUGGCCAUCAAUGGAGAGCCCACGGCCAACCUGACCAACGCCCAGGCUCGAGCCAUGCUCAGGAGACACUCUCUCAUCGGACCAGACCUGGAAUCUGCUUGUGCACCUGAGGACGAUCUGUGCCCAUUUUAUGUAAUUACAUAUGUCCCAGCUGAGUAUCUGGAGGAGUACAAGGCCAGCCUCGAGCAAGCUAAAGACGAAGUUUUCUCUGAAGCAGCUCCUGUUCCAGCUCCAGCUCCAAAAGAUGUUCCGAACCUCCCUGAGCGUGAAGAUGGAGAAGGAGAAGAAAGCGCCUCUUAUAACAACUGGAACCAACCAAGAAAGGUGGAGCUAUUCCGAGAGCCGGGUAAGUCUCUGGGGAUCAGCAUUGUCGGAGGCCGAGGGAUGGGCAGCCGGCUGAGCAACGGGGAGGUGAUGAGAGGCAUUUUUAUCAAGCACAUCCUGGAGGAUAGUCCUGCUGGACAGAACGGGACCCUGAAGACCGGAGACAGGAUUGUGGAGGUGGAUGGAGUAGACCUGAGAGAUGCCAGCCACGAGGAGGCAGUGGAGGCCAUACGAAGGGCAGGAAACCCGGUCUCCUUCUUGGUGCAAAGUAUUAUCCACAGACCAAGGCCUGAGUCAAUAUAUAGCCCAGCUCCGUCGCCUGCCAAAGAGAAACAGGGCACCACUUUCACAUGCAUGCCACAUCGCACAUGUCAGAAGCCGCCCCUGCCCUUUCUGCAGCUAAAUAGCCACCGCGGGUCGAGCCUCUGCUGCACUAAUCAAACCUACUUAGCACCUGCCCUCCCUCAGUCAUCGAUAACAGACUCUGGUGAGGACCGAGCUGCAGCCGCAACAAGGGACAGCAACAAGGACAAGGAGGGUGACAGUCACAGUAGACUUUACCUCCGACUCUCCCCAACUAACCCUUUCACUCCUACCCCGUUUAAGCUGGCGAAGCGUGAAGCGGCAAAGGCAUCUCCCACCAGCACCGUCCUCCCCCUGCCAGUGGUGCCCCAUGUGGGAGAGACCGAUACCGACACACUGACAGAGAUUCCUGGCAGACCUGCUGAGACGGUGGAGGAGAACAAGGAGGUGGAGGAGGCGGAGGAUGAGUUUGGAUACAACUGGAAGAAUGUCACCCAGCGCUAUGGCAACCUCCCAGGUGUCCUGCACAUGAUUGAGCUGGAGAAAGGCAAGACGGGCCUCGGUCUGAGCCUGGCAGGGAACAGGGAUCGCUCCCGCAUGAGUGUGUUCGUGGUGGGAAUAGAUCCCAACGGGGCGGCCGGCAGGGAUGGACGUAUGAUGGUGGGAGAUGAGCUGCUGGAGAUCAAUGGACAAGUGCUGUAUGGCCACAGUCACCAGAACGCAUCGUCCAUCAUCAAGAGCUCUCCAUCCAAAGUCAAAAUCAUUUUUGUCAGGAACACGGAGGCGCUGAACCAGAUGGCUGUGGGACCAGUGAGGGAGCACGAAGGAGACACAGUGGAGCCCCACACUGAGCCAGAAACAGCUCCUGCUAAUGGUGAUGCGGAUCCUUCAAAGUGUGUUCACCACAUCAUCAAGCUGAAGGAGGACGGAGGACUUGGCAUCACUUUUGUUGACGGCAACACGGACGCUGGAGUGGAGAUUCAGAGUAUAUCUGAAGUGAAGGGACACACUGACAAAGAGGGCUGCAUGAAACCAGGGGACAAACUCUUAGCUGUGAAUGGUGAAUCAGUGCUGGGAUACACUGUUGACCGGGUCAGUUCAUUACUGAGAAACACCAACGGUCCAGUGAAGCUAACCUUCUCUACAAAUGAGAUCCCCUCCUCCUUGUCCUCUCCGCAGUCGACCUGCCCGGACAGGAGUUGCUCAGAUGGAGUCCUUACCAGUCUACCCAGCACACCCAGCACCGCCCUGACUACCCUGAGUCAGCCAGAAGCAGAAGUAGUCGCUAGUCUUAGUCGCUCAUCCACCCCUUCCACUCUGGCCUGUGACCCGGCGACCUGUCCCAUCAUCCCUGGCUGUGAGACCACCAUCGACAUCUCCAAGGGCCGCACAGGUCUGGGCCUCAGCAUCGUGGGAGGCUGCGACACCCUGUUGGGGGCUAUCAUUAUCCAUGAAGUUUAUGAAGAAGGGGCAGCCUCCAAAGAUGGCAGACUAUGGGCAGGAGACCAAAUCCUUGAGGUGAAUGGUAUUGACUUGCGAGCGGCCACUCACGAUGAAGCCAUCAACGUGCUGCGACAGACGCCGCAGAAGGUUCAGCUGACGGUUUACAGGGACGAAACCCAGUACAAGGAGGAGGACCUGUGGGACUCCUUCACUGUGGAGCUGCACAAGAAGCCUGGCCAGGGCCUGGGCCUGAGCAUCGUAGGGAGGAGAUCACGGGACCAGAGGAAUGACACAGGAGUGUUUGUGUCUGAUAUUGUGAAAGGAGGUUUGGUGGAUACUGACGGUCGACUGAUGCAGGGCGACCAGAUACUGUCAGUCAACGGCGAGGACGUGCGGUCGGCCACUCAGGAGGCCGUGGCUGCACUGCUGAAGUGCUGCGUGGGGCCUAUCAAAAUGGAGGUGGGAAGGUUUAAAGCCGGUCCCUUCCACUCUGAAAGAAGGAUGUCUCAAAGCAGUCAGAUGAGUGAAACAGGCAGCUCCAAGGUGGCCUAUCAGUCAUGUGCAGACACUGGAAACCUUCCCGGUGACCCUGACAAACUAAGCAGAAGUCAGGAAUCACCAGAGCAUCAGGACACCAGGACUGUAGAGUUCACUAAAGGCCCCAGUGAUUCUCUGGGCAUCAGUAUAGCAGGCGGAGUGGGCAGUCCUCUGGGUGACAUACCCAUCUUUAUCGCCAUGAUGAAUCCGGUCGGCCUCGCUGCUCAGACCCAGAAGCUCAAGAUUGGGGACCGAAUUGUCAGUAUAUGCGGAACUUCAGCUGAAGGCAUGAGCCACUCGCAGGCUGUCACUCUGCUCAAGAACGCCACCGGCACAAUACAACUUCAGGUGGUAGCGGGUGGCGACACCACCGUGACGGGGCCCUCUCAGGAGCAGGCUGGUGGGGCUCUUACGCCCAGCUGCAUCUUCCAGGAUGACCUCGGCCCACCUCAAUAUAAGACCAUCAAUCUUGAAAGAGGACCAGACGGACUUGGCUUCAGUAUAGUCGGAGGAUAUGGCAGCCCACACGGAGACUUGCCAAUUUAUGUUAAAACAGUGUUUGGAAAGGGCGCAGCGGCAGAGGACGGCCGUCUGAAGCGAGGAGACCAGAUCAUGGCGGUUAACGGACAAACUCUGGAGGGCGUCACGCAUGAAGAAGCUGUCGGCAUCCUGAAAAGGACCAAAGGGACUGUCACGCUCACUGUUCUGUCAUAGACAAACACGCAUACACUACUUUUUCCACACUUGCACCAAAGGUUCAGUAGCAAGAUUCACAACUAGGUGACUGAAAUACAAAUAACUCCACAAUCAUGAAGAAGAUUAUUGCCCAAUGUAGCCCUGAACACUGUGACAAGUAGAAUUAUAUGUAACGAGAGGAGCUUGUACAUAGUCAUACAGUUAUCAAUUUUAAGUAUGUGAAUCUGUAAAUAGUGUUAGAAGCAUUCCAUGACUCUGGGUGGAAAUAUUCACUGGAUGCUAUUGCUAAAAUAAAGCACACUUCAGUAAUAUCAAAACAUUUCUAAAGAAGACAGGCGUAUUUUCAAGUUUUUUCCUUAUAUCCUGAUAGAUAGAGGUGACCUCUUGCUAAAUUCGGAGCAUUAAACUGUAUUAAAGAUACCCUUGAGGCUAUUAGGAAAUUAGCAGGAUUAAGCUAAUGGCCAUAUUAGCUGAAAACAGCAUUAUUUUGUCUUUUAUGUUGCACUGCUUUUGGCAAUUCAUCAAAUUUUGAUUUAAAGCUGAUGCUGCUGUAAAUGGUGUUAAUCAGCUUAUCAUGAAGUGUUUGAUCAGGAGAGCAUUUUAAGUGUCUACAAGUGAGAUGUAAAUGCACAGUGUGUUAACACUUCUCUGAAGGGAAGUCCUCGAAGUGUGGUUUGAGUGUGCGAGAGUGUGUGACUUAUUCACUGAAUUAUAGUGCUGCUAAAGCUGAUAUAUAAGGUAUUAUGUUACAGUAUUUGGAUUUUUUAAAAAGUAUUAAUUAAUGUCGACUUCAUGUAAGUGCACAGAGAAGUAAAAUGAUCUGCUAUUUAGGUUUGUAUGGAUGAGCGAAUUCCAACCGAUGACCUGAGCCCAUUUUGACCUUACUGUGUACCCAAAAUAAAUCAUCCAGGGUGUAGUUUGUCAAGUCGCUGGGCAUGUGUUGUGUGGUCUAGACUCAGAGAAAAAUGUCUGUUCUCUGUGUUUUCACCUUAUAUGUGUUUCUAGUAUUGUCAAAGUGACGGUACUGAAUUUAUUCACACUGAAUUAAAUAAAAGUGACCUUUGGAUUCAA